UUUCAUCCCUGCAGGAGGCUGUACUGUGUUAGACCUAAGUGUGGCAUUUCACACACAGGAUUUCAGCAUCCUUUCUGUCCAGAACUUGGUACCCAGGGACAACUGUCUUGGAGGAUUUCUCAGCUGAGGGCCUCACUGCAGAUAGUGCAGCCCCAGGCUGCCCCUCACCCAUUUUUGCCUCUUGUGUCUCUCAGAUUUGGCCGCAUUGGCCGCCUGGUCACUAGGGCUGCUUUCAACUGUAGCAAAGUGGACAUCGUGGCUAUCAAUGACCCCUUCAUUGAUCUCAACUACAUGGUCUACAUGUUCCAGUACGACUCCACCCACGGCAAGUUCAAGGGUACCGUCAAGGCUGAGAACGGGAAGCUGGUCAUCAACGGCAAGGCCAUCUCCAUCUUCCAGGAGCGAGAUCCGGCCAACAUCAAGUGGGGCGAAGCUGGCGCCGAGUAUGUGGUGGAGUCCACUGGGGUGUUCACCACCAUGGAGAAGGCCGGGGCUCACCUGAAGGGUGGAGCCAAAAGGGUCAUCAUCUCUGCUCCAUCUGCUGAUGCCCCCAUGUUUGUGAUGGGCGUGAACCAUGAGAAGUACGAUAACUCCCUCAAGAUCGUCAGCAAUGCUUCCUGCACCACCAACUGCUUAGCGCCCCUGGCCAAGGUCAUCCACGACAACUUCGGCAUCGUGGAGGGGCUCAUGACCACAGUCCACGCCAUCACCGCCACCCAGAAGACUGUGGACGGCCCCUCUGGGAAGCUGUGGCGCGACGGCCGCGGGGCUGCCCAGAACAUCAUCCCCGCGUCCACUGGUGCCGCCAAGGCCGUGGGCAAGGUCAUCCCGGAGCUGAAUGGCAAGCUCACUGGCAUGGCCUUCCGUGUGCCCACACCCAACGUGUCGGUGGUGGACCUGACCUGCCGCCUGGAGAAAGCGGCCAAAUAUGAUGACAUCAAGAAGGUGGUGAAGCAGGCAUCCGAAGGCCCUCUGAAGGGCAUCCUGGGCUACACCGAGGACCAGGUUGUCUCCUGUGACUUCAACAGUGAUACCCACUCUUCUACUUUUGAUGCUGGGGCCGGCAUCGCCCUCAACGACCACUUUGUCAAGCUCAUUUCCUGGUAUGACAAUGAGUUCGGCUACAGUAACAGGGUGGUGGACCUCAUGGUCUACAUGGCUUCCAAGGAGUGAGCGGCCCGACCACUGCCCCUGCCCCUGCCACAGGAGACCACGGAGGGACAGGCUCAUUCCUUGCUGCGAAGACCCGGCCCCGCUCAGCCCCAACACUGAGUAUCUCCCCUCACAGCUUCCAUCCCAAUCCCCAGGAGGAGGGGACAGGGAGCCCCGGCUUUUCACACCAUCAAUAAAGCCCACUGCACCCCCUGC